AGCGUGGCAUCAAAUGUGUGUAAGCAAGGGUUGUGUUCAGCAGAACGUUCUGUGCCGGUGAUUUCCCCCUUGGACUGGAGCUUUCUCAUUCCAGAGAACUGCAGUUGUUUGAGCUGCCCUAGCAAGGAAAAACCCCGAGUUUCCCUCUGACAGUAUGGAAUGCUAGCUUGGAGCUCAUCUGACACACUUGAGGAGGAACCUGUGACAUUCCAGCUUUAGAUGUCUCAAUGGAUAUGUGGAGCUACUUCCAUACUUGCCUGGUGUCCAUAUGGCUGCACAGAUUUUACAUCUAUUCUGCUAUUGCUUUUGGGAUCAGCCUUUGGAUUGUCAUUCAUUUCACCACCACCAGAACCAAAAGGAAGGGUGAGAAAUCCCAUGAGAAAUCCUCUUCCCCCGAGGGAACAUCAGACAAAAUGGGAAAUGGAUGUGCCCCCCGUCAGGUGCAGAGGGUCCAUGUUGCUGGAGUGAAGAUUUUCUAUGGCUCUCAGACUGGCACAGCAAAGAGAUUUGCCAAAGCUCUGGCUGAAGCUGUUACUUCCCUUAAUUUGCCUGUGGAAGUCAUUAACAUGGGAGACUAUGAUCCAGAAGAUGGGUUAGUAGAGGAGACAAGCAGCAGGAACAUCUGUGUGUUCCUGGUGGCCACCUACACCGAGGGGCAGCCUCCGGAGAGCGCAGCCUGGUUCUGCAAGUGGCUGGAAGAGGCAGCCAAUGACUUCCGUGUUGGGAAAAGCUUCCUGCAGGGCCUGAGAUAUGCUGUGUUCGGGCUGGGGAACUCGGACUAUGUGGAUCACUACAACACAGUUGGAAGGAGGAUGGACAGGUGGCUGUGGAUGCUCAGUGCCAGCAGGAUCAUGGCUCGGGCUGAGGGGGACAGCAAUGUGGCCCGGAGCAAGCACGGCAGCAUUGAGGCUGACUUUGAGGCCUGGAAAACCAAAUUCCUCAUUCGACUCCAGGCGCUCUGCAGAGGGGAAAAGAAGCCCUGCAGGGGGAAGUGCAAGAAGGGAAAGUGCAAAUCUUCAGGGAAGCAGAGCAAGGAAAGCUGGGACCAUGACCAUGGGACGUCAGAACAGGACAAUACUGAGGCAGAGGAAUUGUUUGAAACCAGUAGUGAGGAGGAAACUGGAAGUACAGAUUCCGUCAUUGAUGUUGAAGAUCUUGGCAAUAUCAUGGGCCGCAUGAAGAAAGCAAAGAGAGAGCAGGAGCUGCAGGAAGGAGCUGCUGGAGCAGAGAGGAGAGAGAUGAUCACCCCGGCCCUGAGGGAGGCACUCACUAAACAAGGUUAUAAACUCAUUGGGAGCCAUUCUGGGGUGAAGCUCUGCCGAUGGACAAAGUCGAUGCUGCGGGGCCGUGGGGGCUGCUACAAGCACACCUUCUAUGGCAUUGAGAGCCAUCGCUGCAUGGAGGCCACCCCCAGCCUGGCCUGUGCCAACAAGUGUGUCUUCUGCUGGAGACACCACACGAACCCUGUGGGCACCGAGUGGCGGUGGAAGAUGGACCAGCCUGAAGUGAUCCUGCAGGAGGCCCUCGAGAAGCACCAGAACAUGAUCAGGCAGUUCAAAGGCGUGUCAGGAGUGAAGGCAGCUCGGCUGGAGGAAGCUCUGGCAGUGAAGCACUGUGCCCUGUCCCUGGUGGGGGAGCCCAUCAUGUACCCACACAUCAACCACUUCGUGAGGCUCCUGCACCAGCACGGCAUCUCCACCUUCCUGGUCACCAAUGCCCAGUUCCCUGAUGAGAUCAGGAGGCUGGAGCCUGUGACCCAGCUCUACGUCAGUGUGGAUGCCAGCACCAAGGAGAGCCUGAGGAGGAUUGACAGACCCCUCUUCAAGGACUUCUGGCAGAGGUUUCUAGACAGCUUAAAGGCCUUAGCUGAAAAGCAACAGCGCACAGUUUAUAGGCUGACCCUGGUGAAAGCUUGGAACGUGGAUGAACUCAAAGCUUAUGCUGACCUGAUAUCCCUUGGGAAACCAGACUUCAUUGAGGUCAAGGGUGUGACCUACUGCGGAGAGAGCUCUGCCAGCAGCCUGACCAUGGCCAACGUGCCAUGGCACGGGGAGGUGGUGAGCUUUGUGCAGGAGCUGGCGCGGCUGCUCCCGGAGUACGGCAUCGCCUGCGAGCACGAGCACUCCAACUGCCUGCUGCUGGCCCACAGCAAGUUCCAGGUGGAUGGCGAGUGGAGGACCUGGAUCGACUACGGCCGUUUCCAGGAGCUGGUCAGGGAGCACGAGCGCAGCGGCGGCUCCAGGACCUUCACAGCAGCUGAGUACACAGCCAGGACUCCUCCCUGGGCCCUCUUUGGGGCCAGAGAACGGGGAUUCGACCCCUUGGAUGUGAGAUUCCAGCGGAAGAACAAGGCACGGGACACCUCGGGGUGCUGAGGGCUGGGCUCCUGCACCCUGGGCUUCCCAGGACUCCCAUUUCAGGCUGACACUCGUUUUGGAUCCACCCACCUGGAUUAUCCUGAUGUUUGGGAAGGGGGUCCAGCCUGGAUUUUACCCUUCCCUCCUGUUUUUAGGGCUUCCUGGAUGAAAAUACUGAUAAUGUUCUUCUCUUGAGAUAAAUCAGAACUGGUUCAGCAGCGGGGGUGGGGGGUGGGCAGUGCUGGGAUCUCCUCAGUGGGGAAUGUUUGGAGUGGGACAUGGGGCCAGAGGGUUCCUUGGACUCCUGUGUAAGGAGAGACUGGCAGCAAAACAUUCCACAUCCCCAAGGAAAAAUGCCAGGGGAUUUCAGCCCCACAAGGUUGGAUCAGGGCCACAGCCAGACCUGGAUCCACAAGCUGAUCUCUGCUGGGAGCAUCAUUUUAGGGACUUUGUUCAGGUUCAGGUAUUUUACACACUGGUGCCAUUUCCUGUAAAAACCCCAUUCCCAAGAAGCCAAACGUUGGGAAUGGUGUAACAGCACCCCUAUGGAUAACCACCUGCAGCUUCUGAUACCUCUCCAAGUGUCUUCAAACCUCAUGGCUUUGGGAAUGAGGUUUAGGAGCAGUGUUAUCCCACUCCCAGCAGCCCUAUACACCAGCUCCCGACCGUCAGAGCCCUGCUGGGCUCCAGCUGGGUGUGCCUGGUGCUGUAGAUGGAGCAGCCCUGACAUGGGGGUUCCAUUGCUUUUUAAAAACAGCCUCUUUUCUUAAGCUGUACAGAGUUUCUAAAGCAGAAGGAAAAUAAAGGAGUUUUUCCUAGA